AUGUCCGCGAUGUCUAACAAGUUAAUCAGUCCGCACGGCGAUAAGCUCGUCAACUUAAUGGUUGACCCAUCGAAAGCUGCGUCCGUGGAGGCUUCCGCCACGAGGACUCUCGAACUUUCGGAUAGAAACGCGUGCGACGUCGAGCUCUUGUGUGUCGGAGGAUUUUCUCCUUUGACUGGCUUCAUGAACGCCGAAACUUACGAACACGUCGUAGAGAAUAUGCGUCUUCCAGGCUCAAACUUGCUUUUUGGCUUACCGAUCGUUUUGGACACGGAUUGCGAAGAUACCAAAGCGGGUGAUAAAGUUUUAUUGAGGUACAAAGGAAAAUCUGUUGCAGUGCUAACAGUGGAUUCCAAAUGGAGGCCGAACAAGCCGAAAGAAGCAAAGUCGUGCUACGGUACGUCUUCUAUUGAACAUCCGGGUGUUCAUAUGAUUGCGGAAGAGCGAGGAAGAUACUAUAUUGGCGGCUCGCUCGAAGGCUUGGCCAUGCCGGUGAGAGAGUUUGCUACGCCAACUCCGGCUGAAGUCCGCGCUGAUUUACCAGAAGGAAAGGAUGUCGUCGCUUUCCAAUGUCGCAAUCCCAUCCACCGCGCGCAUUACGAGUUGUUUACUAGAGCUCUUGAUGCAGAGAACGUUGGAGAAGGUGCCGUAGUUUUGGUUCACCCAACCAUGGGUCCCACCCAAGACGAUGACAUUUCAGGCUUGGUUCGAUACAAAACUUAUGUUGUGCUCAAAGAGGAAACCAAAAACCCGCAAGUUCGCUGGGCAUACCUUCCGUAUUCUAUGCACAUGGCAGGUCCAAGAGAAGCGAUUCAGCACAUGAUUAUUCGAAAGAACUACGGUUGCACUCACUUCAUCAUCGGUCGUGACAUGGCUGGUUCCAAAUCUUCGCUUGACGGCGAAGAUUUCUAUGGCGCUUACGACGCUCAAGAUUUGGCAAAGCAAAACGCGGCUGAGCUUGGAAUGAAGACUGUUCCUUCGUUGAAUGUUGUUUAUACCGAUGAAAAAGGAUAUGUUACCGCAGAUGUGGCUGAAAAGGAGGGCUUAUCUGUGAAGAAACUUUCUGGUACAAAGUUUCGAAAAAUGUUGCGAGGAGGAGAAGACAUUCCAGAAUGGUUUGCAUUCAAAUCGGUCGUCAAAGUCUUGCGCGACAAUGCUUAA